AAUCACAGUGAUGGCAUCAUAAGGCGACAGACUUUAGCAUGUCGCAUGGUUUCCACAGCCACGCUACAUCAAAACAGCAACAAGCAGAGGUUCAGGUUGGGGCACAUUUAGCCCUAUAUAGCCUUUGAGUUGCAAAACAGGAGUUUGUCUUUGAAGCAGUGGUCAAUGAUCAUGCACAAUGGCAGUGUCCGUUAUCUCAUCUUCUUCCAAUACCUCGGGACAAAGUACAGUGGCGUUAUGAAGGCGCCUCCACACCAAGCAGUCAAGGGUGUCCAGAACUACUUGGAGGAUGCGGUACGGAGUUUGAGGCCGGUGAAUGAGGUUUCUCUGUCCAUCUCCAGUCGGACAGACACCGGUGUCCACGCCCUUGGAAACUCCGCCCACUUCGACCUCCAGCGGCAGAACGGCAAGCCCCCAUUUGCUGAGGAGGUCCUGGUUGACGCCCUCAACUUCCACCUGAGACCGGAGCCAAUCAGAAUCACCCGCGCCUACCGGGUCCCCGGUGGGUUCCAUGCCCGUUUCCGCGCUGUGUCUCGGACGUACGUCUACCGGCUAGCCACGGGCGUCACUCAUCACUCCUGCACGCCACUGACCGAUGCUAACCUCUGCUGGGGGUUACGCCACAUUGACCUGGAUGUUGGUGCGAUGCGCGACGCUGCCUCCCUGCUGGUGGGUACCCAUAACUUCAGCUCCUUCAGAGCCUUGAACUCUGAGACACCGUUUAAAGACCCGGUAAAGACCUUGGAGAAGGUCGGUCUGGAACUCGGAGACGCCUUUGUACAUAAACACUUCCACAGAGAUAUUCAGUUCUGGGAGCUUACCUUUAAGAGCAGAUCCUUCCUCUACAAACAGGUGCGUAGGAUGACAGGGGCUCUGGUGGCAGUUGGCCAGGGACAGAUGUCUGUCUCUGGGGUGAAGGAAUUACUGGAGGCCCAGGACUCUCAGGCCUACCCACACAACCUCACAUCACCCCCAGAAGGUCUCUUCCUCACCAGGGUGGAGUACCACCGGUCAGACCUGCAGCUUUACACUCAGGAGGAUUCACAGAGUUGAUUGUCGUUCUAAUGACUUAGGCCCAAUCCCAAAUGGACCCCUAGACGUAACGCCCUACGCAUUUGUGGAGAUCUGAGAGGAUUUGAAAAGCAAUUUACUUAUACCUCCAAUUUGGCCCUCUGAUAGGCUAGGUCAGGGGUGUCAAACUAAUUCCAUGGAGGGUCUAGUGUCUGCAGGUUUUAGUUUUCUAACACCUAGACACCCAGGUGAGGGGAGGUCUUUACUGAGACCUAGACAACCAGGUGAGGGGAGGUCUUUACUGAGACCUAGACAACCAGGUGAGACCUAGACACCCAUGUGAGGGGAGGUCUUUACUGAGACCUAGACAACCAGGUGAGGGGAGGUCUUUACUGAGACCUAGACAACCAGGUGAGGGGAGGUCUUUACUGAGACCUAGACACUCAGGUGAGACCUAGACGACCAGGUGAGGGGAGGUCUUUACUGAGACCUAGACACCCAGGUGAGGGGAGGUCUUUACUGAGACCCAGACACCCAGGUGAGGGGAGGUCUUUACUGAGACCUAGACAACCAGGUGAGGGGAGUUCCUUUCUAAGACCUAGAGUUGGGAAAACAAGUAUUUUAAACACUGCCGAUUUUGCAGGUUUUCCUACUUACA